AAACAAAUCAAACGAGUCGACGCGACCAAAGUGAAAGGCAAAAUGGCGCGCAAUUUUAUUUUGGAAAUGUAAACAUUGUUCUUUUGCAAUGGCAGUAUUUUUAGACGAAAUUUUGCUUCAUAUUUUUGAAUAUCUCGAUGCAGCGUCUCUGACAAGGCUUUCCUCGGUCUGUAAACAGUGGAGAAACAUCGCCAAUACUCCUUCGCUGUGGCGAAGGCUCGUUUUGUUGCGAUGGCCUUCCCAGAAGUUUUUAUACGAAAAGGCGUCUUUAUCUCACAUCAACUGGAUGAAUACAUACCAGGAUUUGACUCUCAGGGGACAUUUCUCGCCCGAUGAAAUGAAAUACUUUAUUUGUUGUCGCGUGAGCGAUGAGUUGACCGAAAUUGAGUUACGUGAAAAUAUGUUUUUGCACAUGGCAGAAACGAUGAUGAAGUGGUCCGUACCGGAUAUAUUCGACCAAGAAGACGAAUUUAACACGCCAGGAUUUAACAAGAACUUUGAAUUGUUUUUUGACACACAUGAUUUAAAGUGGACUUUCAUCGACAAGAGAAGAGAAUACAUUGAUGACUUGUUCAGUUGUAAGAUGAAGACAACAACUCCUGCGAGAUUCAUUCGACCUUACCAAGUUAUCCCUAGCUGCUUAGUGAUGUUCCGAUGGCUUUGUCUCUUCCGUGCCUACGUGACUGAAGAAACUGGCUUGACUUAUUACCGUAUAUGGCGGUAUCGUCUCAAGCAUAGAGCUACAGGGAUACAUUUUGAAGUGUACGAUUGGAAGGCCGCCAUGUCGUGCACCCUUUCCAAAGGGAGUCCAACAUCAGUAGCUUUUAGAGAAGAUGCAUUGGAACUUUUGACCAUUCUUACCCACCCUAACUUUCUUAUGCACCCCAUGGGUGUUAGCGUUGCUAAGGAGAUGCACAUCCCCAUUCCGAAACUUCUUGGAAGUAGAUGCAACUCUGCUGCAUCUUCACUCUCUAGCUGCGGUUUGACAAGCCCAAGGUCACCAUUAAGAAAUAUUGGUAAUUUUUCAUUUGACAAGAGAGAUGUCAAGGGCAUACACAAAAUUGCCAGCAGCACCACUGACAGUGAUGAGGAAUCAGAUGGUGGGUUUGACACUGGGUACGUGGCAAACUGUGAAGAUUUUAUCAGCAGUAAGCAUUGGGAUGUUGAGGAGCAAAAUAAAAUCCAAGCUGAGGUAGCUGGCAUGUGGACAGUGGUAAACAAUAAUGAUGCCCCGCAUCUCUUUGUUACUUUUGAUGAAAACAACAGUUCAUGGAUUUUCCAUGACUGUAUACCCGACUUCUCUGAUUUGUGGCGGCAAGGGGUUGCAGCAUUUGGUGGGAACCAUGACACCCUUAGAGACCAUGGCUUUGGCAUAGAACCCAUUCCAAGUUGCCUGGCCUUAUAUCGUCUGGUGUGCCUUAUGAACAUUAAUGCACGUGUUUAUGCCAGUAUGGAGGAUUCAUCAAUUUGGGCUUUACACUUGAUCCACAACACUACUAGAGCAGUGUUGCAUCUCAAGGAUUUAAAUGGUAAGCAAAAUUUAGAAAGAUUUCAUGUUAGACGUUUCAUCUUUUUCAAACACUUCAAAAUUAUGUUAAGUGCAAUUUGUGCACUAAUGAGACAUUAUAAAAAAUGCAAAUAUAAGCCCCUAAUUUCCUGUAGUACAACAUCUCAUCAUAAAAUGUUGUUCACUCAUGCAUUGUAUUAAUAUUACAGUUCUAGAAUGAACAACUCACGCUCAAAAUUUUGUAGCUGAAAAUUCUCUUUAUUGAUGAUGUUCAAAGAUGACUUUUAGGAAAAGUAUAUUUGUAAAGAUUUUCUUAGACAUAGUGUUAUUUUGCAAGGUGGAAAUUCCUAAUGCUUUUGAUUGCAUGAGAAUCUUUGUGUGCAUUUAAGCUUGAAGUUUGAUCUUUUGAAAAUCAUUUGAUCCUUUGAACCUUAAGUAUUCAAGUGAUUAGCUUAGCUCAGUUAACACAUUGGGCUCAACCCUAAGGGAAUAAUUUUCAGGUGUAAUCUUUCUUUGCUCGAAAGUCAUAGGAAUUUGUGAGAUGGGUUCUAAAUAAACAGUGAAAUAAUUGGAAACUAACCCAAAUCACUGUAUGAUGGGUGUUUCAAAAGGAAUGUUCCAAAAAACAACUGUAGAUUUGAUGUGUUAAAUUAGCUUGUUAAUUACCUUUUCAGUUUAUGUGGUUAAGAUUCCACAAGAUAAGAGCCUUGGCCCCUUUUUUCACCGCCUGUAUAAACACUGAAUGGAUAAACUCAUGGUCUAAGGUUUUGGUAUACAUUUAUAUAAACCUUUGGCAUUUUAGCAAAGAUGAUAACAGGUUUAUAUGUGGUGACACCAAAGGUAAUUCUUAAAUCUGCACUAUUAUGUUGAUGGUAUUAAAAGGUCUAGAUCUGAUGAUCGCUUGACACAAAGAUAACAGGGUCUAUUUCUUAGUUUGAUACAUAAUUAACAGCUUUUCAGAUACUAAGAAAAUGUUGGGAAAGGAAAUGGCCUUUGGGCAAAAAUGUGUUCUGCUUUGUUCCCUCUGGUGUUGACACCUGGUUCCAAAAUAGAAAACAAAGUCUUUUAUUUGGAAUCAGAAGAAUGCAAUGCAAUAUUAAUUAGGAAAAAUGCAUAAGGGCUGUAAAUUUUUUUGGCUCCCUGCCUUCCAAAAACAGGAAAUACAAUGAUAGAAGCCUUUGUUAAAUUAAGAUGAGAAGCCAUGUGUUCUUUUGUCUCCAGUAAUAUAGUUGUAACCUUAACAAAGUGAAUGUUUGUAUCUAUUGUUGGUAAUAGCCUACGUCAUGCUGUUGGGAGUUUUAGUUUACAGUUUUUUCAGUACCAUCAAAUUCUUAGCAGUGUUUUCUAAAAAGUAAAUCCUUUUUACAUUACUUGAACAAAUACUUUAUGGAGAUGACACCGGGUACACAUCGUCUAGGACAACAGAACAUACACUAGAAACAAUAACGAAAAUCGGCAAACAAAUGUAUUAGUCAAUUCGUGGACUUGGGGAAUUUUUCCGUGAGUCUGGCUGUAAAUCUUAAAUCUAUGCUUAUUUCACUAGCAAGGCAUUGCAAGUGAAUUUUUUUAUACAAACAAAAGUAAGUAAACCUGCUGGCAAUAAGUAUUUUGCAGCUGUCUUUGAGGUUGGGGACUUGUUGAAAAACGGGUUGAACUGUAAACUGCUGCCUAUAAGCCCUGGGCUUAUACAUCUUCAUAAGGGGUUUCAGCAGGGCUUAUAAAUAAAGGGGCUUUUAUUAGAUUGUUCUUAUAACUGGAAUAGAGAAAGCGCUUUAAAACAAGCUACAGUCAUGCUGUUGUAAAUAUAUUUUGCAUUAACUGAUUCUUAAAUAAACUGCAAAACUUUAUAAUAUAUCUAAUUCAUCUUAAAACAAGCGGGGUGGGGGGGGGGUUAUAUUCGGAGCAUUUUUUGUUUACGGGUAGAUGGGUCGAUAACAGGGAGGGGUUAUUUUUCAGCAGUUUAUGGUAUUCAAUCAAAAUUCUUUUUUGGUCCACAUUCUUGAGCACUAUUUUAUUUUGUCUUGCAAGUGGAAGUUGUUAACAAUAAUUAUUCUUUGGAACCCUGUCUUGUCCAGUGAGAAAAAUGUCUUUUCUUUUAGCUUUGUAAUUUGCUGAUGUUUAUUUUACCCUGUAGAUGGUUAAGAUAAAAGCAAGAUCUUGCUAGCAUAAGUCUAAAUAUUCUUAACCUAGAGUAUUUAUAUAGUUCAUGCUGGAAUUUUUUGAGCUUACCUUUUGGCCUGUUAAAUUGGCAUUAGAAUAUUAAGUCAACUAACUGACUUUAAUUUAUAAAAGGGUUUAAAAAACAAACCGAAGUCUGGUUAAACACUUUGUCAGUUAUUUUUUUGUGUUGGUCAAUAUCAAAAGCCUUUGCUGCCCUCCUUUGGGUGUCAUGCUAGACAUUUGCGUCAUUGGCGUCAAUAUAUGUGUGGUGUAAAUGACAUUGCAAACUCAAGCUAGAAACUAGAAACACUUGAACACUGCAAGAGUUGUGUGAUGUAUUGUGUUACAUUAUAAUUCGUUGUAAGGUAUAUGUAGUGUGAUUUGACUUUAUUGUAUGAGCUUGCAAUCCUUGUGGUUGCAGUUUGCUGCCAUGUUUGUGUUAGUAAGAGAUUUGGUGAUUAAAGCCUAUUAUUCUCCAGGCAAACGUCUUCCCUUGUUCACAACAAUGUGGACAUAAACCUGUGUGUACAACUGAAAAAUAUCUGUAAAAAAAUAUUCUUUUUGUUUCCUGGAAGCAUUUUUAUCACUAAGUCGGGAAGACAGAUAAAUUUUUUGCUUAUCGCUGUCUUUGCCCAUCUAAAGGGUAGACAUCUUGCUCUUUGCUUGUAACCUCCUUGGUGGUGUGACUUUUUACCCUUUUUUUUAUCAACACUGUCAGCUAACUGUAUCUGACCAACUAACUAACAACUAACUAUUGCAUUUUCCUUUGUGCUUAUUUAAUGAAAAUGUCCUGUGGAAAGCUCAGGAAAUGACAUUUCCAAGCCCCUACAGUUAAAAAUUUUUCUAGGGGAGCAUGCCCAGACCCACCUGGUUUGGAUCACUUCUGAUGGUACAACUUUCCUUCUUAUGUGUACACCAUCAAAAUCUCACCACACCCUAUUUACAUGCACAUUUCAUCCUCCCCUCCCCUUAAACAAAAUUACUUCUCAUUGGUGAAAUCAGUCUAGUUUUUACAGUUGAGAUGAAAAAUAACAAUUUUCAUUGAUUUUUAUUGUACCAGGUUGGUUUGAUGCUUCAGUGAGUCUGACGGAAGACAUGCAAAACCAACUUCGAGAGGCUUCAGAAAAAGUUACAGAUCAGCUAGAGACAUUGCAGUGGUGUGAUAUUUCCACUUCAUUUCCAUCGGCUGAUGACAUUAGUGAUUAUGUUGCUAGUGAUGAAGAGAGUGAUGUCGAAGAUGACAAAAAAGUUGACGAUAUCUGCUACUUACAGACUCCUACCCAGUCUGACAACAGCAUUUCAAGUAAUGAAGUUGAUUUUGAUGACAUAGAUGCUGAUGAAUUCUGGUUUUCACCCUUGACCCCACAGUUUAUGGGUGCAGAGAUUCCAGAGAGUGCAUUGGCCGAAAACACAAACAGGUUCUGGAGAUCACUAGGACCACCAGGUUUUCAAGAAUUUCCCUGCCAUUCUGAUGUUGAAACUCUGGAUGGUGCUUGGGGUAGGGCUCCACCCUCAGACCAAGAAAACUAUGGCGACAGUCACUUUCUAGAGCCGUUUGAGGCUGCAGAGAAGUUCAGAUCUGUCCACUCCUCUGAUAGUAGCAGCAACCUUAACCGUCAAACCAGCAAUCAUUCAGACAGUGAAGGAAGUGAUGUACAGGGUUCUGAGCCUUCUCAACCCAGCACUCUUAAGCAAUUCAAGAAUGAUGUGAUGGUACUGUUGAACUUACUAAUGGAUGAAAAGUUUGCCCAUCCAUAUGGAACUAUAGCUGGCUCAGUAGCAUAAGUAAAAGCACAAAGACGUGCUAUUUUGAAACAUGGGUGGCUAUUAGUCUGUAAUAAAGGCCCUAAAAUUGCAAUUGUGCUGGUGAUGAUCAGCCGUAAAUCCUCUACAAAGGAGGCCUUUCUUCUUAUUAGCCUUUUGUGCAACGUUUAUCUUCAUUGAAGGACUCUACUAUUAAUAGCUUUUUGUAAGAGGCAUCACAGGUCAAGCAUACCCUCAAAGAUUCCUUUAAUUAAUCAGUUGUUUGAAAAAUUAAACCGCUAGUGAUUGCCGCAACCAGUAUUAAAAACAAAUCUGCAUUCCUACAUGCAUAAUGAACAGUAAAAUGUUGGCUCCAAGCUUUCCAGUAUUUGGUCAGAUUGAAAAAUCUUUGAGUCAUAAAAUUACUCUGAAGAUGUUUCUAUCAAAUAGAAAACUGAGCUAGGGCUGAAAAGACAUAACUACCUCAUGUGAAUUCACUGCUCAUUACGCAUGGAGGAACGAAGAGUUGAAUCUGAAAACUAUAGAAUUAUAACUUAUAAUGGAUUCAACUUGCAAACAAUAACUUCAUUCAUGGAAUCUUGGCAGUUAUGUUUGACCUGGCUUGACUGAGUGAGGAAUUAGUUUUCCCUGCAUGUGAGGUAGUCAUUCUUUUGUCCAGAACAUGAACCAGAAUACCGUUAUUGCAGUCUUCAUGGUUCAGUCUCAUUGCGUUCAUUACGGUGUAGUUUUAAAUUACAUAAACCCUCAAAUUUCUGGGCUUUCCAACCCACUAAAACAUACUCGUAGACGUAAGAAUCUGUUGAAGGGUGGGGUAGCUGGACCUUAAAAGGGGAUCUAGAUGUGUUAGUAAAUAGAAUACAUGUGCAAUAUAAGGCGUGUUUGUCAUAAACUUAGACUUAUUUUGCUACAAGUCGGCCUCUUGGCGAACGGAGCAAGCCUUUUUAGGCCGCGAAGGACUCUUUUGAAUGUCUAUCAUAAACUGCAAAGUUACGAUUACGUUAAGUCAUUGUUACAAGUUACAGAAUCACAGAAUAACAAAAUAAAAUUUAUUGUAAGUAUUAUUAAAUCCAUAACACUCUUAAGAGUAUACUCGCAUAAAGAAUUAACACAAAUUGCGUGAAAUAUGUAGAUUUGUCUUUACUGAAAUGCUUAAAUUGCCUUUUUAUUAUCUGUCGUGCG